AUGGCCCUCCUCAAGAAAGGAUGCCCCAUGUACCGCCACACCAUGCGCGACCCGCGCACGGAUAAACUCCUCCCGGACUGCGUCACGUCCAGGUGGGUCAGGGCUUUUGCGGACAGGUGGCAAGUCACCUUGGAGGAACGCCUCAUAGGCACCAACAUCCCCAUGUACAAACGCAGGCAGAUAGAGCUAGAGGAGAAGCUCAUUGCCUAUCAUCUCGGCUGUAUGCAGAGGCAAUUUCACACCGGCCUUGUCUCAGAGGACACCAUCCAAGUCCUGGCCCCGUUGCACUUUGUCCUCAACACCACCACGGGGAAGAGCCUCGGUUUUGGAGAGCAGCCACAUCUCGAGUUUACGGAAAUGAUGGACGGCGCGAGACCCAUCACCGUCUUGCUCAGGGUCGCCGGCGGCAAGGACGCCACCGUCUUAAACCCGCUUGUCAUCUUUCAGCACACAGACAGGCAAUAUCCCAUACAAGGCGUGUCGGACGAUAUGCCAGGCGUCAGGUAUCGCACGUCCCCCACGGGGUGGGUCGAUCCCGAGGUGCUGGCCAGCUUUUUUGACGACGCCCCAGGGAAAGGGGAAGCAACGGAUGACGGCAGCAAGUCGAUUUUGUUUGUGGAUCCGUCCGUCUGGCUUCCAUUCGAAAAGGACCUCCCGGGUGUGAUGAAGGAUACCACUGUUGACCUAAGGUUUUUGCCCAAGCAAUCAAACAGCGUGUCACAGCCGGUGGAGAUGGGCAUUAGACAAAAGGUCAAGGAGGCGUGGAGCGAAGGGUGGCAGCAAAUGAAGAAGCAGAUGAUCGACUUGGGCAUGUGGAACGAAGAAGGACGUGACGCGAGCGGUAAGAUGUUCAACGCCGGCCCACGCUUCUUUUUAAAGCUCGCUGCAAACGUAGUGCAAGCUGUGAAUGCCGUCAAGGAUGCAAACGGGAUGACCCUCGCGCGCAAGGCAAUGAUUCAAUCUGGAAUGGCAACGAAUGGGAUGGGGAAAUGGGAGAUAGAGCAACUGCACCCGGACCUUGCUGCGAUUGCCAUCAAGUACAAGCAGCAUUUUGACGGCGAGGUGGUCACGGACGAGGAGCGACCAAGGCCUGUCGUGAGUCAACGACAAGGGGAGGGUGACGGCGACGCAGUUUUUCCAGGGGACGAACGAGAUGCGCAGCAGGAUAUUGAUGUGCCGAAAGUGGUGGACACCCAUGGGAAUGACCGCGUAGGCAAGGUAAGUGUUGUAGAGGGACAAAUGAACCAACAGCCUGAACAACUUGUUGAAACUGAGUCCCGCCUGAUGCUGAGUCAGCCGGAUGGGGAAGACCAGGCAUCUGCUAUUGCGACAGCAAUUGCGGUUCGGGAGCGUGACAGAGAAGAGCUUGUCGGUCAUGCAGAACCUACAUAA